CUGGGGACUCACAUGCCACCUAAUGAACUUGUUAUGAGUGAGCUAAUCAGGUUUCCUCUACCUUAGUCCCUUCCCAGUGAGUCACUCAGUAGUUGUACACAUGCUUAUUGCACAUGUCAGUUGAUCUGGGUUGUAGGAAGCCAUUAAAUCAACCAAUCAAUUCCUCCCUCUGGAAAGUAAGUUCCUGUAAGUAGUAAGUCAGCCAAUGGUGAGUUUGGCUAAGUCCGCGUGAUGCCCUUAACCGAAUUCAAGGAGGACGUUGGGUUGUCACGGAAAUAGCAGAGUGGAGAGGUGCUGAGGACAGUCCAGGCUGGAGCUGUGGGCACCCAAGACGAGGACAAGAACCUUUUUAAGACCCUGGAGGACACAAAGAUCUAUUUGAUGUAGGAUCUUUCCUCAAGAAUCUCACUCUUGGAUAGUUCUCCUGUAGGAUAUUUGACCAGUUUCCCAAGUAAAGAAACAACCGAAUGAAGAGGAAGCAUAUUUGUAGGCUGUACAAGGGCAGACCCAGAAACCAGAGCUCCACAUCCUAGAGAUUCUCGUGGCUGGGGAUCCUAUGAUUUUGACUUGUACCAUUAAAGGCACCGAAAAGAAAACAAAGCCCCUUUCCUUUCCUGGAAUUGACCCACCAUGUUCACCAGCACAGAUGGCUCCAGCAACUCCUCCUCCUACUGCUGUACCUCACCCUGAAGCCUCAGGAUUAUAACACCACCCUCAGAUGUCAUUUGAAUUUCUCCCCAGCUAUGUUCUCUGGAAGUGCUGGGGUUGCAUUCCAAGUGAUCUCACCCACAAGGCUGCUUAAUGCCUCUUGUUCCUUGGAGAAGACUCUGCAGUGUAGCUGUUCCUUCCAUGGGCUCCCUACACCCUCUAUGCAGUGGUUGUUGGAAGGUGUUCCUGUGAGUGUCAACAACACAAAUAGCAUCUUCAAGGUGACUUCCACGGUAAUUGGUGCCUGGAACAACAGCACCAUUAGCCUCACUGGGGAGCCAGAUUUACUCAUGAAUCUCCGCUGUGAGGGGAAGAACCAAUAUGGAAUCCAUGCUUCACGUGUCUUCCUACUACCAGAUAAGCAUUCAGGUUCCAGUGUGUUCGUGAAAGGGCUGACCCAGGGCAUCAUAUAUGGAUCCAUCAUCUCCGCACUGUUCUUCUUCUUCCUUGUCCUCCUCAUAGUGAAGAUGCUUCAAUGGUGGGAGGACAGGAACAUUUCCAAGGCUAAAGAGGCCCCAAUUAUCCAGAUACCAGAGUUGCUGGAAGAGCCAGAAACAGCUGUGAAGUCUGAAGCCAAAAGCACUGAGCGUCAGUUGGAGUCUAGGGCUCUUGAGCCAGAAGGACUGACCACGGGCAAGAAAGCUCCCAGACUGAUCAAGACAGAUGCGUGGCUCUCAGACGCCUAGAUCCACUAGCCUGGUCAAACUUCUCAGACCUACAGAGCAGGAGCAGUAUCUCCAUCCAGAGACUCUGAGACCAGAAGUCAGCGCCAGGAGCUCACACAUUUACCCCACAAGGACUCCCAUGCGCUGGACCUGUUUGUCAGUCCCCUCCCCAACCAAGGACCUGCCUACUCUCUGCCCUUGAGCAACAUGGUCUGGACAGGCCUGCCAACGCGCAGGACCACUGGUGACAUGCACGGGACCCUGGCGGGGAGACAGCACUAGCAGACGGGCUAACGCUAUUGUCCACACGGGCACUGUGACCCAGAGUGACAGUGACCCUCCUGCAGCUUCAGGCACUGCCAAGCAAAGCAACCUCCGCACUCUGCAGAGGGAAACUGAGACCCGUGGAAGGUAAGUGCCUGAAACACUAAAGAAGCCCAGAGGUCUCUCUGCAGGGACACUGGAGAUCACGGGGCCGCCCUCCACACCCCCCAGCUGCAAAUAGGGAAACAGAGGCUCACAGUGCCUCAGGCCACACAACAAGACUGCACAGCCCAGGACACCCCGCCCCCAACCCAGGACCCUUGCUCCCUGGAGCAGUUGUCCCUGUCCCCUGGAGAUUUUUUCCUGACCUUAUAAGACUAUGGUGCGGAGGUUGCAAACUCAAAAGCUCACAGGGGCCGGGCAGGUAACAAAAUGAGUGCCCCUGGUCCACAUGAGAACCAUGUGGUCCUGAGAGCAGGUGUCCCACCUGAAGGGGGAAGCAGA